UUUAUUUUCAAAUUGAAAUCCCUAAAUUAGAAAUGAAGUAGCGGCGCCUCCAUCUUUUCCUCACGGUUCUUCGCCAUUUCAAUCGGUCGCCGAAAUUCGCCGACGUAUACUUUCUCCUCACGCCGCUCUCUUUCCUCCGUCGUCUCCGGCGAAUCAACGCCUGUUGCAAGCACAAAUUAUCAUAUGCAAUGAGCAAGCUGAGGUGGAGAGGAAUAAGCCACGUCGACAAGUGUGACUGAGCUUGCGAUUUCAGUUCUUCCAUAACUGAAAUCGCAACAAGUGGUAUCCAGAGCUGUUCAUCCUCGGGCAUGACGGCGUCGGGAGCUACGGCGGAGGAACGUAUGGCGAUGGAGGUUGAUAGGAUAGGGGCACCUUCGGAGUGGGAGAGUCUAUGGGAGAGGAUUGGGGCAUCUGUCUGCAAAAUCCAGCGAGAACAAGAGGCGAAAUUAGAUAAGAUAUUGAAGUCACUUCAAGAUCUGUGCUCGACGACGGAGGCCAGGGAUGCGAGUUCCGGCGGCUGCAAAUCACACUUGGAGUUACCUAAAUUCUCCGACAAUCUGGAUUUUCAUAAAUCAAUCGAUGUUGAUCGAGCAAUUGUUGGGAGGAUCUGAUGAAGCAACCUAGCAGUGGGAGAUAUGAAGAAAUUGACACAGAGUUGAAGAUCGGAGUGGAGGCUUGUGGAAGAGUGCCGAAGGAAAUCAAGGAUAUUCAAUUUUUGUAGGUAACGGUGACUCCACUGCAGAAAACAAAGGAGAUGGAGAUAUUCACGUCUCUUCCUCACGACAGGAAAUCAACGGAGGUGAAGAAGGGGAUGGAAUUGGAGCAGGAUAAACUCAAAAAGAUUGAACGCCUAUCACAUGCUCGACAAAAUGUGCUAGUGAGUGAGCUGAUUGUGGGUUUACCUAUCUCAGCCCGCUAUAGUCUGUCAUUGUCGUGGCUACUCAACUGGUUUCCGAGGCCUACGGUGAAGCUUAAGUUCGUGGCUGAAUGUGAUGCUGAGCUCUAUGAAGGGUUUGAUGGUCGGAGGAAUGGGUUUUUGGGGUGUGGGAGAUUUAGCAUCUCCGAGGAUAGAGAGCACUUGGGAAUUCAAGGGGAGAAUGGCUAUGCAUUGGUGAAAAUGCAACCCGAUCAGAGGAGUGGUGAUCCACGGUAUUCAGCAGGUGUGUUUGAUGGAGUGUAUUACGUGUCAUAUUUUGGAGGUAAUGUGUUGGGAGAUGGCAGUUACCCUCUGGGAUCUAUGGUACCGGGUGUGUCGAUGGUCUCAAGGAAAGAUCCCUGUUCUAAGAGGAAAUCCUCUCCGGCUUCUAUAUUCACAUUGCUUAAGGAGACUGGUGGGCUUGGCCAUGUUCAUAUGGGUGAGAAGGUUGUUGCACUCGUCGUUAUGAAUGUAAUAAUGGUGCCAUUUGCUAUGAAAGUGAAGUUUCUUACUAGUUUAGCUAAUAGGGUCUUCGAUGGUGGCGGCAUGGAUGGGCCAUUCAUAUGCAUGCUCCACAUGGGAAUUUUUUGUUAUAUGAUACUUCACACUCUGAGUGUAGCUAUUAUCACAGUCGUGCAACGAUGCAACAUGGCAUCGCCAAGCGCUUUUGUGGAAUUCACGGAUGAGAUCGACACUCGAUUUUCAUUGUUCCUUGAGGACAAGGAAUUCUAUGGGGGGAGUAUUGACAGAAAAUAAAUGGAAGAUGCAAUGGAAAUCUUAUGGAAAGAGUAUGGCCGUGGAGGGAAAGCCGAUUAUGUAUGUGAAGGAUGUUCUUGCAAUUUAUGAAAAGGAGCUUGGCAAUUCCAGGAAUUUGUUCUUAUAUUUUGGUGCUGAUGCAAGGGCUAGCGAUAAUGGUAAGGUGAAGGGAAAUGAAUCGGAACAGUACGUUGCUGCAUUUUCAAAAUACAAGACUUGUUUACAAGCAAAGAAGCUUAUGGAAACUGAAUGUCUAGCAAAUGCUAGCCAAAACGCCCAAUUGAGGAAGCUUGCUGCCAUUUUGAGUGUGAUAAGGAAUUUGAAGCGAUUGUCAGUUAGAUAUCCUAAGCCAAUGGUGAAGAUGAAGUUAGAAUUGUUUUCGUUGUUGAAGUUGUUGAGAGAAGCUGAUAUGUUGGGAGUUUCGAGGAGAAAAGUUGUCUACCAAGGCGCUCAUGCUUGGGGGUUGGAGCAAGGACUUCAAGUGAAUGCAUCUAAGGCUCUUCCUUCUUCAACUAAGGAGACUAUGGCAGUUGCUGAUGUUCUAAACUCAGCACUUGAUGAAGAGAUAGCCCAUGAUUCAAAAGUCAUGGUGAAGGGUGAAGAGGUUGGCAAGUACCAUGAUGCAAAUAAGCUUACAAAAGGGCUUCUUGACAAGUUGGUCCAGAGGAGAGGGGUGCUGGAUUCUGGAAUCAAGUUGGUGCAGUAUAUUGCAGUUCAAGGCCUUUAAUUGAGCCUAUGACAUUUCCCUUCUCAAUGCAGGCUAUUGAUCACCUUGUUUCUGUUGGUAAGAUUAAGUAUUGGACUUGUCUUUGUGAUUCCUUGAGGACAAGGAAUAUUAAAGGGGAUGGAUUGUUGCAAGCACAAAUUAUCAUAUGCAAUGAGCAAGCUAAGGUGGAGAGGAAUAAGCCACGUCGACAAGUGAGUGUAAUCUUCUAGUAUGAGCUGGCAGAAUUGUGCUGACUCAGCGAGAGAGUGCAGCUAUAAAUAGAAGGCAAAGGGCAGUUGUUAUUGAUUCAUGAAAAAUGUGUGUUAGCUUGCGAGCUAGGGUCAUCGUGAGAAUCCGGUGAUCCGGUGAUUCUCCGUUGAGCUCGGGCUGAGGAUCGUGGAUCCGAAGCACUUCUAUCUUAGCUUAGUUUGCAUUUCAUUAUCGUUCAAUUCCUUUGUUCUUAUUUGAUCAUUUGAAUCUAUCAAAUCAUCCGUAUUACAUUCUGCAAUUGGUGUUAUUAGUUGAUUACUUAAGUUCUCUGUUUUUGUAUAAAUUGUGGUGUUGAUCUUGUUGAUUUGGUAUUGAUUGGUGGCGUUGUGGUGUGGAUUGUGGAGUUGUUGUGUCGAUUACGCUGUGGAUCUUGCGUAGGUGUGACUGAGCUUGCGAUUUCAGUUCUUCCAUAACUAAAAUCGCAACAACGCCCACCGUGACCCCUUUCUCCUCCGCGAAUUAAGUGGUGGAGAGGAGGCGUCGCCUCUCUCCCACAGCGUUUCCCUUGGUGAGCAGUCGUUCCCGGCGACCGCCUUUCGCUGAUGCUCCAGCGGUGAAGUCACCAAAUCGAGGGGAAAGGCGUCGCCUUUCUCCCUUCGUCUUUUUCUUCGUCGAGCGUGGAACUCAGGUUCGUCAUCGCGCCUACGCCGUCAGCCUCGGUGAGUGAAGCCGCUGACCGCCCCGCCUCUGCUGCAUCAGCACUCGCUUCAUCGCCGGACAACCUAAAGCUAAGUUCUUUAUACAACUUCUUUUAAUUUUUUUGGCAGUAGCUUAUGUUUUGAGAUGAAGUCUUGUACAUGCUAAUGUUGUGGGAAUCUAUGGAGCUCUAUGUUCUCUAAGUUCUUGGCUAAACCGUGUUGUUCUACAAUGAUGCAAGAGGGAUUUGUUGAAGGGGGUUACCUCUAGAAAUUGACUGUAGCUUGAAUCUCUAGUUUCCAACAUUCUCAAAGUCUACUCUCUCUUUGAAGCUCCUAUGGGUGUGGGAGUUGUCUGCAAGAACUCUGCAGAAACUCUACUCCAAGCCCUCACACUCUCAAACUUUCCAUUGUGGCUGAAAUUUCAAAGUAUAUGAGGGUGUUCAACGGUGGUGUUGAGGGGGUUUUAUUUAUAGACAAGAGUGUGGUGUACUUGGGAGGAAUUAAAUGGUGUCCAGUCUCUUUGUUUUCAUGCUGCAGAAAAUCUCUUACUUUCUUGAUCCUCACUACUUUUGAUUAAUGAAACUUGGUGUUAUGCUUGGUUCCAAAACCUUGCAUUGAUGUGCUUUUGUUUGUUUUUGAAAUGUACAAGAAGGUUGCAGGGGCUGUUUUGAAGAGAGGGUGUUGCAGGCAUUGACUUGCCCUUUUUGGGUAUGUCCUUAAUCUCUCAUUGGUAAAGGAAGGUGGAACUGCAAGUCUCGGCUGCCACCUUGCUGCCUUGGGCCCGACGGGCUGCUCGAAACGGGUCGCAACUUGGGCUUAAAGAGGGAGGCCCAAAGUGCAUAAAUGAAAUCCUAGUUUCCUUCUCAUCGCUUCGUUCAAACAUUUGUAAUUAGAUGGUAGUUCAUUAUGUAUGUAAGGUAUUCGAACGCCUUUGGUUCGAAAAUAACUUUUCUUGAUUC